AUGCCCGCCCCGACCACCACCCUCCUCAUCGAGGGUUCAUUCUCCGAGCUCGCCGAGGAGUUCGCCCAGUAUGUCGAUGCCCUCCGCAAAGAGGGCAACCUCCAGUCCGAGAUCGCCCCGCUCCUCCAACCGCUUCGCCAGCAGGAACAGUCCGAGGGCGAGCCCGACCUCAAGCAGCGGGAUGAAGUCCUGAAGAAACUCGUGUCGGCUGCGACCGCAUUGAACGGCGCUCCCGAGAAGGAAAUUACCCCCUCCUACAACCUCUUGGUGCACCUCGUCCACCAGACAACCGACCCGGACAUGUUCCUCCCGCGCAUCUGCACGUACCUGGCCAAGCCCAUCACGACCUCGCCCCAGUUCGGCCCGACCCUGGCCAUCUCCAUUCUCACGACCAUCUUCAACACGCUGUCAGCCAAUGACUCGAGCCGGUACCAUGUUCUGCUGGCCAUUGUGGCGGUGAUCCGCCAGUCCGGGUCUGGGUAUGCCUUUGAAGCGCUGAAGCCACAGCUGUCGACUCAGCUACCGACGUGGCUGACGGCCUGGGAGUUGGAUGCCGAGGAGUCGCAGAAACUGCACCUGGCGAUUGCGGAUGCCGCUACGGCGGCUGGCGAUGACGACCUGGCUCAGUCGCACGUGGUGCAGGCUCUGCAGACGAUCCCCGCGGGCGAGGCCUCCAAGCCCGCUGCUCGCGACUUGGCAGUGCGGGCACUGGCAUCGGCGCUGCGACGCCCCGCCGUCUUCGACUUCACGCCGUUGACCGCCUCGGAUGCCGUGCAGGCGCUGCGGUCCAGCGACACCACGCUCUUUGAGCUGCUGGAGAUCUUCACUUCGGACACACUCGACGCCUACGAGGCUUUUGUGGCCGCCACCCCGCUCGCAUCCAUCUCUGGCGGCGUGCUCGCCGAGGCUGCCGACGCCCUGCAGACCAAGAUGCGGCUUCUCACCCUCACCUCGCUGGCCGCUGCUACCCCCUCGCGCUCGCUCCCCUACGCUGCCAUUGCCUCCUCGCUCCGCGUGCCCGCCUCCGACGUUGAGAUGUGGGUCAUCGACACCAUCCGUGCCGGUCUCGUCGAGGGCAAGCUGUCGCAGCUGCGCUCUGAGUUCCUUGUCCACCGCGCUACCUACCGUGUCUUUGGCGAGAAGCAGUGGGCCGAGGUGCAGGGUCGUCUGAUGGUUUGGCGCCGCUCGCUCGAGAGCGUGCUGGGUGUCGUUCGCUCCGAGCGCGAGCGCUUCGUCCGCGAAGGCAUCCAGGCCGCCGCAGACCAGGAGGCCGCUGCCGUUGCGGCUGCCCAGGGCAAGACUGGCGACAAGGCCCGCUCGGGUGACCGAAGACGAAACCAACCCUCUCAAGCACGCGAGGUUGAGGCUGUCGGCGAGUAA